CUGCGCCAUCAAACCUCAUCCUCGCCAUUAGUGUUAUCUCUCCAUUUCCACCAUUAUUUCAACUCCAACUAAAGAAACAGUUCCUUCUCAAAAAAAAAAGAAAACUAAAGAAACAGUAUACUUACAAAUCGAGGUGGAAAAAAAAAUAAUAAAAAAAAAAAACGAUGUCGUUGUGUUCAUCUUUAUCUCUAUCUUUAUCUUUAUCGUCUCCCAAAUCUUUCUCUUUCUUAUCGAAAACCAAACCCUUGAGCUUCAAUGGUGUCUCAGGCUCACCUGUUACAUAUCGCUUCAGAGCCUCCGCUGAUGUUCCCGAUUUUCUCUCUGCCGAUUGGCUUGAAUCUCGCAAGAAGAGACCUUUUGGCCCUAGAUUAAAUUUUAGUGCAGAAGAAGCUGUCCAGCACCAGCUUGAUGCAUUGAAGUACAAUGACCAGCCCCGUCAAGAUUAUGGAAUCGAGGUUAUGUACAGGUUUGCUGGAUUUGAUCCUUUUCAAAGGUCCACCUAUUUUGGGCCCUUCUUUGAUUUGGGACAGUUUGAACGGUUUAGGCGGAUUUUUCACCAUUCAACAUAUCGAGUUUUACUUGGUCAUAAGGAUAGAAAGAUUCUUAGCGGCUUGUUUGUGAAGGAGAACCGAUUCAAGCAGAGGGUUUGGAUACGAGGAAGUCGCCCAGGGGAAGAAGAAAUAUUCCAGAUUACCAUGGCUCAGGCAGAGAGUUGGUGGUUUGUGGGAUGGUUAUUGGCUAACAGAAAGUCUACUUCACGACGGAGAUGCUUUUGCUGGUGGUUUGGCUUAUUGAACAUGCAAUGCAGCCAUCAUAAUGUGGACCCCUGCAAAUGAAUACUGCCCUGUUGUCAAAGCAGAAAUUGUUUACCUAAACCUCAGAAUUUGUACAUAAGGAAUAGUUUGAACUAUUGUCACGUCUAUGAUGAGCUUUGAACAACCAAUGCCACCCACAUGGAACGACCAAAAUUUUUACAUAUGGAUAUAAUAUUAUGUAUAGAACAAUUUAAGCAUUUCACUAAGUAAAAAUGAAAUGAUGGAAUUUACAAGUGUAAUCUCAAGCCAGCCUCAAUAAGAAAUACACCAACUUUGCAAUGAGAA